GCGGUGAACUGUGGUAAUGGUGUUGUUGCUGUCACUUGCUUGUAGCAGUUUCGGGAGUUGAAGCUAAUCGAUCGUGGAGGAGGGAAAAGCGCGGGGGGAGGGGGGAGAACGCGGUGGCCGUAUAGUGGUAAGGUAGUUCACAAAGGACUCGUGUCCACAAGGACUUGUAAGUGCGCGGCACGGCGCGGCACCGUGCGGCGGUAGGAUCGUGCGAGGAGGUGAUUAUGAUGAGCCGCUUCUGGUGUUCUUAUGAAUUCCGCUUCAAUCCUCUCUUGAAGACGUGACAAAGGAUUGCGCCGUGUUCGAGCUGGAGGAGGGCGGGCAUCAGCAUGUCUGCCAUGGCCGAUGAUGUCUCGAGGUGCUCUCUUUUGUGUGAAGGAAGAGCGACGGCGGCUUCGCAAGUAAUAUUCCAACUAUUGCUAGUCCAUCCCACGCCUCGGGAAAAGGGCGACCCUCAUUGUAGGGGGUAUACCAGGAAGGGGCGACUUUUCGUAAAGCGUUGGCGUUGAGCGGGCGGGUGAUUGUUUUUGUUGUGGAGUGCUUGCCGUCAAGAUCGAAGUGAAGUCGAGAUGACAUAUGCGUGUGAAGGACAUAGACUCUGUGACUCUGCUUAAUUGGGAAAAGGAGGUGCCAGAGAGGGAAGAAAAAAAGCUGCCUGGGGAGGGUGCCUUGGACUGUGAACGAGGAAGAUUGAAAUUUGGAAUGAAAGGCGUAUUUACAUACCGUUAUUUUUGAAGCGUGAAGUGUGGAGUUUGAGGUGGUACUCUCUACAUAGAUGAGGCGGUAAUCUGAGGUGGUGGUGGAUACUUAAUCGGGUUGUGUGUCGUCAAUUGCCGGUCGUCAAUUGCCGGUCAUUCGUCCGUCUGGAAAAACGGGAGGAGUAAAGGGAGAGAGUAGCAACCUACUACCGGUAGGUGGUGAUUAGAACGAGUGCACGAAGCAAGUGAGCCAUUGCACACAGCAGGCAACGCUGUAAUGUCUUCGGCGCGAUAACUCGGCAGCCAGAUGUCUUCACGAAGAAAGCGAGGAGGAGGCAAGUGCAAGUAGAGAUCUUCACGAAGAAAGCGACAAGGAGGCAAGUGCAAGUUGAGAGCGUUUAACUGCGCCGAAGAGCGCGCGCGGAUCGGUUGGCUCGCUCCGUCGCUGGUGAUAAUGAUGAUGAGGAUGGUUGUUACGAUGAUCAGACGAGGGUCAGAGGACAACAAAGAGCAGAAGCGGGUUAAGGAACAAGGCGGAAAAUGCUUGGCUGUUUGGUAAAACAGCUGGUAGGUGAGGUCCAUUCAUCAGUGUGACCGAUCGAGAAGAACGGUAAGAAAGGCUGAAAAGAGUGAAAGAGAAGAGACCAGUAGCACCAGAAUUCUGGUUACGACGAAUAGAGACAGAUGCACGCUUCGCGAAUGGGGAAUUAGAGACGCAAAUGGGGGUUCUUCUCCAUCCAUCGGUUUUCUGAAUUGCUCCUUGCUUGCAAAAGAGCAGCCGUCGCGCCGCUGUUGAUUUGCCUCUUCACAUUGUAGUCUCUUUCCUGACCACAGGCCUGUGUCGGGAGUGGUGUGUGCUACAGUACUACGACAAUCGAUCAAUACGCGCCAGCAUCGACCGCAAUACCCGCUGUCUAUGUAGCGGGGCGUUCUUCUUCCUUCGUUGCGCACAGCUUUUCGAUCAUCUUGGUUCGCACCAAUUCGUUUCUUUUGGGCUCAUCUACAAUCGAUCUGUCGUCGGUCAUUUGACCGAGGCAGGCAAGAAAUGCUCUUGAAGUUGCUCCGCACAGCCUUCCGACGUGCCAUGGGGCUGAGCGGCAGCCGCCACCAGUUGCAAACGCAGGAGGAAGAGCAUCAUCAUCAUCAGCAGCUAGUCUGCUCGUCUCCGACUUCCUUGUCCGCCGCUGCCAACACUGCGUCACAUGCCAGAGGUGCGAGAUGCCUGCCAAAGCGAGGGAGACAUCAUGUCGUGCACUGGGAUAACCUUCCUCAGGCAAUUCGCAUGCGGGUCAUCUAUCUUGCCGCAUGUCCGUCCACCACCCCCACUCCCUCCUCGUCUUCUGGCGGCGGAAAUGGGUCGUCGCCUACGUUCCAGAACGUCUGUCGGGAGGAUUUGCGCUUUAUCGUCGGACUUUCGACGGUCUCCCGGGGCUUCAACCAAGACGUGCGGGCCGUCCUUGAUGCGGUCUGCGUGUCCCCGCUCGUCCUUCUUGGGCGCGACAAGGGACAGAUGAUUGAUGAAGAGGAAGAGGAGGUGAGCGAGGGAGGUGGAAGCGAUGCCCGCGGUGGAGGCGAUAGCACCAGAAGCGCCAUUUCGGUCCAAAGUCAACGGCGACGAGUUCAAUUGACGAAUCUGCUUUUCUGGACCGACGUGUGGAUGUGUUACAGAGCUGCUGACCCGAAUAUCCCGAAGAGUACGUUCUGGCGUCGCUCGAAAAGUGGGAUGCUCUCUGCCCAGCUUCCUCCUACCGUUCAGUACUCCGAUCUCAUGACCAAUUUCCUCAUCGUGCACUGCCUCAACCGACAGAUGGCUCUUCUCAAGAAGGAGUUCACUGUGCCGUGGAAAAACGAGGACUUGUACAACACCGCCUCGGCUGCAGAGAGGAUACGGACGGAGGUUUUGAAUUACAAUGGAGGGGUGGAAAUGCUAGCGGACACGCUUGCCAUAUGGCCCGUGUGGUCUUUCGCCGGGUCUUCGUCCUCCUCCUCUUCCUCGUCGUACACCUCGUCGUCAGCCUCGGGAGUUGUCGGGUGCACUUGCGGUAAUGGAAGGGUGGGCGGCGAUGGUGGGCCUGCCGCGGCCGGCUCUCUCGUGUGUAGUAGAUGUCUUGGGGCAGAUGGAAGUCCAGGGAGGGCGGGAGGGCAUUCUGGAGGGGAAGAAGGCCAUAGCGGUCGUUCCCGAGGUAUGUCCCCACGUGCCUCGGCAGGCUUUGGUCUUCCGAAGAGAUCUGCGGGUGCUCUCGCUUACGGUCUGGGGUUUCCCGCGCACGGCGCGCAGCAUCAGCGCAACUCGCAUCAUCUUGCGUCGUCGUCGUCGAUGGUUAUGUCUGGAAGGCUGUGCUGCUGUCUACCGGCCGCAGGUCAUUGUUCGAGGGUGGAUGUCUUGUCUCCCGGCCGCUCGUUCUCGGCUGGCAACUCCUACAGCAAGAGCGAUCAUAACUUGAGGAACGGCGGCGCUAACGCGCGAGGAAGCGCCUCAGGGGGAGCCUAUCUCCCGGCAAUCCCUGAUGUGGCGCCCAAAGAGUUCCGCGCCGCCGUUCUCGGUGCGCCGGGCACCCCUUACGCCGGCGGCAUCUUCUUCCUGAAGUGUAAGUUGCCCUCUAAUUACCCUUUCAAGGCGCCCAGGUUUCGAUUCUUGACGCCGUUUUAUCAUCCUCUGGUGAGCAGCAGAGGUGAAGUGCACGUGGACGACAUGGGUGAGAUGUGGACUCCCAGCUACGAUCUCCGAACGUACCUGGUCAACCUUAUGGCUCAUCUGUACGAUAUGGACCCGUGUAUCGUACGCAGGCGUUGCUUGCACCGCACGCCGCCUCGCAGGUGCAACCGACUCGUCGCGGAGGCGUUUUGUGAGAGACCGGAGACGUUCAAGGAGAACGUCAGGCAGCACACGAAGAAGCAUGCCGUAUGCAGGUUCAGAAACGCGGUGGAGUGGGAGCAGCACUUCGACAAGUUGCUCUAUAGGGCGACGGCCGGCUAUGCGCCGAAGCUGCAGAUUUGCAGGUUUUUACAGCCAGGUCACUUGGCGAUCGACGAGUGGACGUCAGCGGCCGCCGCCGCGGCGAUCGCCUCAUCAUCGGCUUCCUCACAGGCGACAGCGACAGGAAGCGGGACUGCGGCAGGAGUCCGGGCGGGAGGGCUUGCCCUUCCGAGGCCACCGCUACCGCCCUGGAUUGUCGCAGCGCAGGCUGCGGAGAAUGCGGCCACUGCUCCCGCCGAUACUAGCGCGGUCGGCGCUGCCGCCAGUGAUGCCUCAAAUAGCGCCGCCGCUGGAGAGCAGCAGCAGGUUGCCGAGGCUGGUGUCCCGGUGGGAACGGGAGGAGUCGUGUCGACGGCAGAAGGUGGGGAUGCAGGAGGAUCCAAUCAAGAACGUGGCAAUGGCAACGCCCAAACGCAGGCGACGACGGCAGUAGCGGCUGCGGCGGCCAGUCAGACGAGUGGAACAGCGGCUGAGUCGAAGAUUCGAGUGAGAAUCGCGCAGCGUAUCGGUGGAGAUUCCAGGGUGUACAAGGUCUCGAGGAAGUUCACGCUGGCACAAAUCGAGAGGAAGUUGCGCAACAGAGUGAGGUAUGGACACGUGAUAAGAGAUACGGAUGCGUGGGUAUUUGCAGGCACCAAAAUGAACGCUGACUUGACGCUGCCGGAGGCUGGCGUCCAAGAUGGUGACCUUGUUCUCAGACUGGCGUGGCACUGAACGCAGAAUUUCUGGCACGUAAGCUCACACAUACACACAGAGAGAGAGAGAGAGAGAGAGAGAGAGAGAGAGAGAGAGAGAGAGAGAGAGAGAGAGAUGUGGCCAAUACGCUGAGGCGCGCUUACGAGGCGAACGGUAAGCGUUUCUCGCUGGGUGGUCGGUUUUGUGCAUCCACGCUUCUGUAUGCGUGCGGAUGCAUAUGGGGGAUGGCUGCUGGACGUAAUAUGAAGAGGGGCUGGUGAAGGCGGAGUCUCGAACCUUAGUGCGCGUGUUUGCGGUGGUGGCCAUUUUCUCCAAUGAAAGGAUACUAAAGGUAAAGAGUGCGCAGGCGCGAUACUGACCAUAUUACGUAGGAGAGUACGAUCGAUCUUAUCAAUCAAUCGGUUAAUCAAUCAAUCAAUCAUUCCAUCCAUUCGUUAAUCAGUCUAGUAAUCAAUCGAACCGUGACUA